AUGGGGCCCCUAUGCCUCCUCCUGACUGCUGUGCUGCUCCUGGCCCAGGCGGCGCCGAGGAAGGCCUCUCAGCACUGCAGCCGCCUCGAGUACUGGAACCCUGACGACCUGUGCUGUGGCAGCUGCCUGCAGCGCUUCGGGCCGCCGCCUGCUCGGACUGAAUUUUCGGAAAACUGCGGGCCCGAUGAUGCGGGCAAUCACGUAACGCACCGGCCCCCACUUCCUUGGGGAGCCGCGGCGGGACCCGGAGGCGCGGCAGACAGGUGCUGGGCUGGAUCAGGCGGAGAUGUGGCCCCAUUGAGGGAUUUAAGGAUGGGAAGUUUGUGCUGAGAAGGCAGGAGUAGGGCAUGCUUCCCACUUUAUUUCCAGAAGCCGGUCCCUAACAAGGAGCCCUGCCCCCUGACACGUGGAAAGCUGAGCGUCCUUAGUUCCCAGGAGCCCAGCUCACCGGCGAUUUCCAGUCUCCUGUGGACAUCUGAGCACAAAGUCCCUCAGUAGGCCUGGCCAAGUUGGAGUUUUGCUGUGCUGGUUCUGCUCAUGACCUCAACUGAAAUCCUCCUGCUUGCCCUGCAAAGGCACCGCCGUCGCCACCACCAGGGGAAAGCGGUCCAACACCCCCAUCCUGGCUUGGUUUGCAACGACCUCAACACCCACACCCUAUUUUCCUUGCACUUGUCCCCUCCAGGCUCCCUGGAGGCUUCAGAGGCAGGGGACUCAGGGAAGGAGGUCCCUCUGCCUCCACUCCUAGGCAGGGAGCUGCCAAGUCUGGAAUCACAGCCGCUGUCUCGCCUCCUGGAUGAGCUGGAGGUGCUGGAGGAGCUGAUGGUGCUGCUGGAUCCUGAGCCUGGGCCAGGUUUGGGGAGAGCCUGUGGCAGCACUCAACACCUGGCUGCAAAAUAUGGACUGCCUGCUGCCUGGUCCACUGCCGCCUACUCCCUGCGGCCCAGUCGCUGGCCUCGGUGGGCCCUGAUGGAGAUGGUGGUGGCAAGGGAGCCCUCUGCCUCUCUGGGCCAGAUUGGCACACCUGCCCAGAGAGGGCGGGCAGAUGCACUGCGGGGGCUGUCCAAGCUUGGCUGAGCUGGGGCCUGCCUGGCCUAG